AUGCGUGGUAUAGGCAAAAGAACUAUUGCAAAGAGUGUAUUCGACAAAAUAAGCAAUCAGUUUGAAGGUUCAUACUUUGUUAGAAAUAUUAGGGAAGAAUCAACUGGUCCUUAUGGACUAACUCGGAUGCAACAAGAACUUCUUUCUAGUAUAUUAAAGCAUCCUAUUGGCUUCACAAAAGGAAGGCUUGGUCGUAAACAAGUUCUCAUUAUUUUGGAUGAUGUGACUACUUUAGAACAACCAAUUUUUUUGCUGAAGUACCUUGUUGCGCUUGACAUGCCUCACAGCAAUAUUGAACAACUUUGGUCUAGUACCCAGCUUCAGAAUUUGAAACAUAUUGAUCUCAGUUUCUCUAAACACCUAAAGAUUCAAGAUCUCUCAUUGGCCUCAAAUCUUGAAAAUUUGAUUUUAGAAGGUUGUACAAGUUUGUGUGAGAUUGCCUCAUCCAUUUAUGGUCUCAAUUAUAAGCUUCUUAUCUUAAAUCUAACGCAAUGUAAAAGUCUUGGUAGUCUUCCAACAGGCAUUCGUCUAGAAUCUCCCAAAAAAGUUAUCUUUUCAGGGUGCUCAAAUCUUAAGUUGUUUUCACAGAUCUCUUGGAAUAUGAAAGAGUUAUAUUUAGAUCAAACUGCCAUAAAGGAGUUGCCGUCGUCAAUAGAGAAGUUAUCCAGACUAGUUAUAUUGAAUCUUAAAGACUGGUUUAUGCUUGAGAGGCUUCCAAGCAAUAUCUCUGUGUUAAAAUCUCUUGAAUAUCUCAAUCUAUCAGGGUGUUCAAUACUUCAUGGAUUGCCCGAUAACUUGGGAAAUUUAGAAGCGUUGAGGGUGCUUAAAGCAGAGGGGGUCCCUAUGCGCGAAGUACCAACAUCCAUUCUAAAUUUGCGCUGUCUAGAAGAACUAGAUCUGACAAGCUGUGGUAUUGAGGAGUUGCCGAACAAUCUUGGUCAGUUAUCCUCACUAAAAAGUUUACUUCUUGGCAGAAACUCUUUGAGAGCAUUCUAA